AUGGGGUCUAAGAGAAAGAAGACAGAGAAGCAAAAGGACUUUGUCAAGAAGAAGUUAAAAGUAGGGAAAACCGCCGCGAAACCAGAUAAUCAUACUGAUACUUCUUUCAGUUCUAGGGCCAUCUCGUUACCUAAUCAGUCUCUCAAUAGAAAGCAAACUUCAGACAGUCUAGAUGACAAAAAAAGAGAAGAAGUGGAUAUAACGCAUCAUCUAUCUCUUGUGAAACAUCAUGCGCUGACUACAAGAAAGGAAGUGCUCAGUUAUGUCGAGCAACACUUACCGUCGAACCCAUCACUAUACAAGAACAUCAUUACGUCAUGUGUCCCGUUGAUUGUAGACUCGUCACAAAGCGUAAGAAACCAACUUUCCCUGCUUCUCAUUGCCUGUGCUAAAAACAAGCCUGGUUUGUUGGACCUCCACCUCAAGUCUAUAAUUCUUUUCAUACACUCUGCCAUGACCCACAUACAGCCAGAUAUAAGGAACUCGUCGUCGGUCAAAUUCUUAGCAGUGUUAGUGGACUAUUCAGGUUCGAGCCUUGUUCGUUCAUACUUCAUAAAAACUUUGAAAUCUUUCUUUACGUUGUUGGCAUGGACCUUGGAUGACAACAAAAAGUCUAUAUCGUUAGCUAUUACAACCAGUUCUGCUACCGGAGGUUCCACCAAAAAGGCCAGAAUUGGGCACCUUUUGGUCUUGAGAAAAUUCCUAGCGGUUGCAUUAUUUCCUAAUGAUGAAGACCUCAAUGGUAGCAAGGUCAUUGACAUAUCCAAUACUUGCAUGAUACACCCGCUCUCGGGCAAGUAUCUUAUACCGUCUAGCUCAAGGCCCUAUGCUCCAUUAAAAUUGUUUGCAAAGGAGAUGAAAACCAAGCUGAGUCUGACUCAAAAUACUACCAAUUCUUCCAGUACAGGAAUUGAUGAUGGGUCAUUUUCAUUGCAUGAUCUACUGACUUUGUCCACUGAGGAUCUCGAAACAAGAAGGAAGGUGUUUAAUGACGUCUUCCUUAAGCCAAUGGUCAAAAAUUUAAACAAUUUCAUUAAAGAGGGAGGAGAAGUUGGUAGGGAAGCCAAUUCAAUCUUAGCAUUAAUCGAAAAGUUGAAAGCUGAAACAAAAAUCGAAAAAUAG